UUCUCUCUUUGAGAAAUUCCUAAGUCAACUGCAAUUGUUAUAACGGUUUUUCCUAUAAUUUUUUCUUCCUCUUUUCGCCUUUGUCAAUUCAUAUUUUCCCCUGAAAAGUGACGUUUUGUCCCAGAAAAGGUGGAUAAUUGUAAAAAGGGAAGAACGUGCCCUUCGGCGUCGUGCGGCGCGAUGCUGGAUGACAGAUUAGACCCAGAACGACUGUCGCAAGAAGAGUCCCUCGGGAACGGUCCCAUUUCGGGAGUAGGCCUUGGCGCAGAAUGACGAGCGUCGUCGGCUCGUGUUGCUGCUGUUGUCGAAAGCGAAACCGCGAAGAGGAGCGACGAACAGCCCGGCGACGAAGACGACGACGACGAGCGACGACGAGUUCGGGUUCCUCUAGCGUCAGCAGGGGGCUAUGAGCGCUGACAAUGGGGACGAAUCCUUGCCGCAGCUGUCAAACGUCGGAAACUCGCUUCUGCCCGGCACCAUGAUACGCUCCUGCAUCUCGAGCGAGCGAUCGCGCGUGAACGUCAACGACGACGUCAUCGACAUCGAGGCGUGGUGACGCGACGUCGCCGCGUCGGCCGCGACGAUCUCAGUUCGCCGGCAACGGGCGUCACGACAGUUCGUGCCGUUUCGAGAGAGAGGUACGAUCGCCUUCGAGAGGAAGGAUCGCCAAGGGGUGAGCCAAGGAGGGACGAAAAAGAAGAAAACGCGGAGGAGGAAACGCGUGAGGAGGCGGAGGAGCGCGGAUCCGCAAACGGGAGUAAUUACCUAGCCGGGAGCACCGAGGGGUGACGCGAGGAAAAUAGUCGGGGGGAGGCAGCGGGCAAAACACACGUGGAUGCUGUGGCCAGUGUUGGGGGGGGAUGACGGGCUGAGCCCCACAGCGUCGUCCACGCCGGCGGCGACCGGCGCCGUCCCCCCCGCUAAGGGGGUAAACAAACUGACCCCCCUGUUGCUCUGCGCCCCCUGCAAGCCCGGCGGCCACCGGAAGAGCCAGAGCUCCACCCAGUGGUACGUGCAACAGCCCACGUGGCGUUUAUGGGGCGAGGAAAGGGGCGACGGCGUUAUAUAUACGGUAUAUCUAAAGAAGGUCCGAUAUCACCGGCCCACGAGAAGUCUCUCAGCAUCGGAUUCUGACGACGAGAUCUCGCACUUGGAAUGGGAAACGGUGAGGGUGCGCUUCUUGAAAGCCGGCACGGUGCAGCGGCUGGUCGAGAGCUUGGCGAACGACGACGGCGAGCUGGAGUCCACCUACAUAAACAUCUUCCUAGCGACGUAUCGGGCGUUCACCAGUCCUCAUGAUGUCCUCGAGUUGCUGCUCGCGCGAUACGAUGCCCUGGACGGGAGCGCCGGCUGUGAGCAGCAUCGCAAGACCCUGGUCCAAGCCUUGCACGUAUGGCUGGACGCUUACCCAGGUGACUGGAAGUCACCCCCCAGCCACCCCCUGCUCACCAGGCUGCUCGAGUUCACGCAGCAACGCCUUCUUGGCUCUGAGCUCGAGCUUAAGGCCAAGCAUCGAUUGCAUCGGUUCCAGCGGGAGGAUCAGAUAGACUCCUGCAUGGUGUACGACAAUGGUCGACUACCCAUGCGCGGUUCCCCGGAUCCGAUGGCGGAUCACUGGGGGAACUACAUCUUCCCCGAGGUGCCUCACCGUCACUUUGCCGAGCAGCUGACGCGUAUGGAUGCCGAAGUGUUCAAGAAGUUGGUUGCCCAUCAGUGUCUCGGCGCCGUGUGGUCCAGGAAGGAUCGUUCCAGAAGCCACGAGGCUGCCACGGUGGUGGCGACCGUGAACCAAUUCAAUGCCGUUUCCCUGCGAGUGAUCUCGACGAUCCUGACGGACACGACGCUCAAGUCGCAGGAGCGCGCCAGGAUCCUCGAGACGUGGAUCGACGUCGCGCAGGAACUGCGAGUACUCAAGAAUUUCAGUAGCCUAAAGGCGAUCGUCUCCGGCCUCCAGAGCAAUCCGGUGUAUCGGCUGGAGAAGUGCUGGCAGUGCAUGCCCCGAGAAAAACACGAACUCUUCCGCGAGCUCGAGAGGAUAUUCUCGGAGGAGAACAAUGCCUGGACACAGAGAGAAUUGCUCAUCAAGGAGGGUACUGCCAAGUUUGCCGACACUGCUGGUAGAAGCGACAGACACUUGCAAAAGCUCUUUCAGAAACAAAAUACUCAUGCGGGCAAUAUUAGCUACGGCACGAUACCGUAUCUAGGUACUUUCCUAACUGACCUCACUAUGAUCGAUACAGCGAUACCGGACACGAUAGCUGACGGUCUCAUCAAUUUUGACAAGAGGCGAAAAGAAUUCGAGGUACUCGCUAGGAUAAGGCUUCUACAAGGCGCAGCGAACGCAUAUAACUUCAGCACAGAUCCCGUGUUCGAUCGCUGGUUUCACUCGGUGGUGGUGCUGGAUGAUCGGGAAGCGUACAAACUCAGUUGUCAGAUCGAGCCGCCGCCAGGAAAUACUCUUAACAACCGUGGCAAGAAGAAACAGAGUCAUCAAGGUCACCGGAAAAACGAUUCGAUCGCCUCAACGUCCAGUUCGAGCAGUUCGCAGUUUUACUGCGACCUCGACUCUCUCCCAAGCUCGCCGCAUAACUCGCUGGAUCGGCGAACUUCACCGUCACAGAUGUCCAGCUCGUCUUCGAGCUCGUCAUUGCCGUCCCUGGAUGUAUCCCUAAGCUCUGGCGGAGGUGGCAACCAUCAGACUCGUCUGGCACCCCCGGUAGGUGCUGUGGCGGCUAACGGCAGCACGCCAAAUCUCGCUGGAUUGUCCAGUCCCAGCCAUUCGCACAAGAGUUCGCCAGACUUUUAUAUCAUCAAAGUCACCAUGGAGACGGACAACGUGGAGACGGAAGGCGUGGUGCUGUACAAGUCGAUAAUGCUGUCGAAUAACGAGCGAACGCCGCAGGUUAUCCGUAACGCUAUGCUGAAACUCGGCCUCGAGGGCAAUCCUGAUCAGUACACCCUCGCCCAGGUGCUACCUGAUCGGGAGAUGGUGCUGCCCAAUUCGGCCAACGUCUACUACGCUGUAAAUACCGCGCACAAUCUCAACUUCAUACUGAGACAGAGGAGAGAACUCAAUGACGCGACUUCGGACAGUCCUAGAAGUAAGGGCAGUGGUCACAAUCAUAAGAGAUAGUUCUGAAAUCACUGUUAAACGUUUGGAACACUGAUAAGAGAGUCAUCUCCGGUCUCGAAGUCUCCUGACGAUGUAAGCGAGACUGUUCUCGGACAGUUAUACGAAGUUUUAACGCGAAAUUAAAGUGACGAUGUAUUCUUGGAAAAAGAGAGCAAAGUGAAAUCAAUCGAUUGGGAUAAUUGCGAUAGGAGCGACAAAUGCGAUGUCGGAGCGUAUGUUAGUCAUGACUGACCAGAACUGGAUAUCAAGUUAUAAUAUUAUGCAAAAUUUAAUUUAUCGAUUACGAUACUACUUAAUAUCUACAAUGCUAAUUUCGAUAGAAUCACAAUUACUACCAAAAACAAUUGGUAAUUUUAAUAUUACUAAUCAGCGUUAUUAAUAUACAUUAUUGCUGAUUAAUAAUGUUAAUA